CGAUCCCGCACACAGAUCGUCGAUCCCUCCACCGCCCGGCUCUCUCCCUCUCCGUUCCUCUCUGCCGCACACCACGGCGCCUCCGCUCAUCUGUCAGUCGGCCCUUCGGUUUUUCUUCUUCAGGCCGCAAGAUCGGCGUAGCUGACACCGUAACACUUCUGGGUUCUAAUUAAGGCGCGGGUGCAGUUUAUUGUACAAAAAAAAAUUAGGGUUCAAGUGAAACAUCACGACCGUAGUGAAGUCCGCCCCCUUGCUUUGCUGAAGUAAUCGCUAGUUUUGUUAAUAUAAGGGAUAAUUACCAUGCUCUUCUUUUUGCUUACAGAUCUCCGAGAUGUCCGAAGACAAUGAUAGUGAAAGAGUUGCAUUUUGGAAGAAGAAUUUUUUAGGGGAUACAUAUAGAGGUUUGGAUGCGGCUGCUGAGGAGGAGGAUCCUAGCCAUCCACAGGAUUUUACCAAAGAAGGCUUGGAUGCAAAAGAAGUGGUGCUAUGCCUAUCCAAAUCCAUCGUGUCACUUGUCUCUUCUGUUGAUGGGAAGCCUCUGUUUGGUUGCACAGGUACAGUGGUCAAUCAUGUGGGUUCCGAGACAUGGAUACUCACCUCAGCCACGCUGGUUAGGAAACCUGGCACUGACCAUGAUGCUUACAAAGCGGAUGAAGUUAAGAUUGAAGUGCUUCUGGACAACAAAAGAAGUAUCAAUGGGCGUUUAGCAAUGUGCAAUCUGCAGUAUAAUAUUGCUGUUGUCACUAUUGAGUUACAGUUCGGUCUUCCCAUUGUGGCGCUUAAUGAUCCUCCUGAAUAUUAUUCCAUACUGGGUCGGCCUGUGGUAGCUGUAGGUCGGGAUUCCAAGUCACAAGUUUUACUGGUGAGACAUGGGAACAUGAUCCGCAAAAGGAGCAAGUUGGACUGCAGCGAGCUUUUGCUCUGUACCUGUCCUGUUAGUAAGACUUUCAUUGGGGGCCUUGUCAUGGACUUUGAAAGAAGAAUCAUUGGCAUCUCCUUUUUUGGCGAGGACACCACCCCUGUUAUGCCAAUUGAGAUUGUGUCAAGAUGUCUGAAACACUUCAAGAAAUUCAGGACACUCAAGCUGCCUUGUCUUUGCAUAAGGGGACAUGCUGUUCACAGUCUGGAACUACGCAGUCUGGAAAUUUUGUGCCUCAACUUUCCUGAGCUAUCUUGUGGAAUUGGAAUUGUGGUAGACCAGAUAUCUGGAGAGUCACCAGAAAAUUUUGGAGGCAUUGAGGCUGGUGAUAUCAUCUGUAGUAUUGAUGGAGUUGUUCUGCACUCUUUAGCUCAGCUUACUGCAAUGCUUCUUGAUAAGUUUUUUGCUAUGAAAUCCGAGAAGACAAUGGUCCUCCAGGCAGUGAUGCGAAGACCCAGAGAUAACUCUAAAUUUGUUGCGAUGCUGAAUAUAUGGGAGAAUAGUUCUGUCGAAUGCAGCAAUUCCUUCAGCAACAGAUGGCCGUUGCUGUGAAAGGAACAAGGUUCGGGUGUUCAAAGCUGAAGUUAUUGCACUUGAAUGAUGUAGAUUGUGGAAGCAGAACAUCUAUAUAGCUUCCAUCUAUCAUUCCUAGUAUGUUAACUUAUUUGGAUUUACAACUUGUGUCUGACUCAAUAUGAGUGCCACUUUGACAUAGUGGAGGAAAACACUCCUUAGCCAAUCUGUCCUUGAGUUUUGGAUAUUCUGAUUGUUUACAGCAGUCGGUACGUUAGAAAACUUGGUAGUUGUAACAUUUGACUGAAUAGAAAUCCUCGUUGGCCUUCUAUUGGAUGUAGUUGUCUAUUUCUUAUCCAUGCUGAUAAAAAUUUCCGAGGAUCA